ACUUGGAUGGAAAGAAACAUCCCCGACGCCUUGCCUGACACCAACCCCAGAACUCCACCAAAAGUCGCGCCGAUUAAUUAAUAUUUACGGUUUUCAAUAAAACUAAAUGACGAAAUUACCCCCGCACCACUCGUUCUCGUUCUCCCAUAACAUUCUUUCCUCCUUCUCUCAGUUAAAACGCCCACACUGAAAACACCCCACUCCACCUACGCAGUAAAACCAUGGCCAAAUCGUCGGCGACAUCGACGCCGUCAUUUCCGCCGCUCAAGCCCGACGACUACUCCCACAGCCCGGUUCACUACGCCGUCGUUCUGGCUGACCACACCACGCUCUCCCGAAUCGUCGCCACCCUUCCGCGACUCGCCGAUCCUACUCAGAUCCACACCGAGUCCGACUCCCUCUCUCAGGAACGGACCGCGGACCGGAUCUCAUCCGUACUCGACCGCCGCGACGUUCCCUUCCGAGAAACCCCUCUCCACCUCGCCGUCCGGCUAAACGACGCAGCGUCCGCCAAAAUUCUAGCCUCCGCAGGCGCUGACGUGUCCCUCCAGAACUCCGCCGGCUGGAAUCCCCUGCAGGAAGCCUUAUGUCGCCGGAGCUCCGACGUUGCUUUAAUCCUUCUCCGGCACCACCACCGCUCCGCUUGGGCGAAGUGGCGGCGCCGUCUUCCACGUGUCAUCGCCGUGCUCCGAAGAAUGCGAGAUUUUUACAUGGAGAUCUCUUUCCACUUCGAAAGCUCCGUCAUUCCCUUCGUCGGGAAGAUCGCUCCCUCCGACACGUACAAGAUCUGGAAGCGCGACGGCAACUUGCGCGCUGACACGUCGCUGGCCGGAUUUGACGGAUUGAAGAUCCAGCGCGCCGAUCAGAGCUUCCUCUUCCUCGGCGACGGCGAUCAAAGCCACGACGUUCCCCCGGGAUCGCUGCUCGUUUUGAACCGCGACGAUCGGAAAAUCUUCGACGCGUUCGAGAACGCCGGGUCGCCGAUGAGUGAGUCGGACAUCGCCGGAUUCUGCUCCCAGACGAGUGUGUACCGCCCCGGCAUGGACGUCACCAAGGCGGAGCUCGUCGGGCGGACCAAUUGGAGGAGGCAGGAUAAGACGGAGAGCGUCGGAGAGUGGAAAGCUCGAGUGUACGAAAUUCACAAUGUCGUGUUCAUCUUCCGCUCGAGAAAAGUCGCCAAUGGCGACGCUGAUGUGGCGGGGAGCGAGCAGGUGCUUCCCCUCGAGCUCGACGAGGACGACGACGGUUUUUUGGUGGCGGAGAAUCCGAGCUUCGGAAUUCCCGACGGCAGGAGGCACAGUAGCUUCGUGAGGGAGGAUAGGGAGUUCGUGGCAUUGGGGAGAAAAAGUGUCGACGUUUCGUCAAUUUCCGGACCACCGUCAAGGGUGGCAUUGGGGAGAAAAAGCGUGGACGUUUCGUCAAUUUCCGGGCCACCAUCAAGGGUGGCAUUGGGGAGAAAAAGCGUCGACGUUUCGUCAAUUUCCGGGCCUCCGUCGAGGAGGUCUAAAACAGCUGCGAUUGCUGCGGCGCCGGUGCAGACGAAAGAGAAAGAGUUCGUGAGGAGCUUGAGGCCGUGCGUUUGGCUGACGGAGCAGUUCCCGUUAAAGACGGAGGAGCUGCUGCCGUUACUGGACAUCUUGGCGAACAAGGUGAAGGCCGUUAGGAGGAUGAGGGAGUUGCUCACCACCAAGUUCCCGCCAGGGACUUUUCCGGUUAAGGUGGCAAUACCGGUGGUCCCCACAGUGAGAGUGGUGAUAACAUUCACGAAGUUCGUUGAGCUCCCGCCAACUGAGCAAUUCUUCACUCCAAUGUCAAGCCCCAGACAGUUUAUUCAUGAAGGACGAGGCCAGCAAGAGGAGGAACACAAAUACAAGGCGCAAAAUCCACCAUCCUUUUCGUCAUCGUCGUGGCUGAGGCGGAACAGCAGCCAGUCGGGGUCUUCCGCGAGCAAGCAAAACCACCACCAACACCAACACUGUGCUCCUCCGGCAGUGGCGGCGGCUCAAGACUCUUCUGACCCUUUCGCCAUUCCUAGUGGUUAUACGUGGACGAGCAUCGAGGACAAGUCUAGCAAAAUGAAGAAAUCCAAGUCCACGAGGAGAUCGUCCAAGUAAUUAACUUGUGGAAUCUUUGACACCGUAAAAGUAAGGAAAUUGAUAGAUUGAUUGUACAUAUAUUACCAUAUCAGUUCUUCAGUUAUUUGUAGCAACGAUUUUCCGGCAAGUGGGUUUUGACUCUCAAAUGUUGUACUGAUUUAGUAAAAGUUCAUCCCCAAUUUUUGUGUUUCUCA